UUGUGUUGCUGAUGCAGUGUAGGCUGAAGCUUCCCGGUUGGCUAAUUGAGGGGAUAGACAAGAACGCAGUGUUACAGCAGAAGCCGUUGUUAGAUCAUAGCACGGGAACUCUAGCUUUGCUCAGAAGAAGAAGCACUAGCAAUGGAGGCGGAAUUGAAACAGGUGCUUAAUGAUCUCCAAUCUCUAAAGCAUUCAUUGGGUGAUCCUUCUCAUCUCGCUUCAAUCAAUAAGCUAGAGUCGCGUGUUGAACAUCUUACAACGUUGGCAAAGUCUGAACCUGUUCGGCGUUCAAAAGUCAAGGAUAUGAGUGCUGAAGUGGUGGAUAGCAAUCCUUACAGCAGGCUCAUGGCGCUUCAGAGGAUGGGUAUUGUGCAGAACUAUGAGAGAAUUCGGGAGUUCUCUGUUGCCAUUGUUGGAAUUGGUGGUGUUGGCAGUGUUGCAGCUGAAAUGCUAACGAGAUGUGGAAUAGGUCGACUUUUGCUGUAUGAUUAUGACAAAGUGGAGUUGGCCAACAUGAACAGACUUUUUUUCCGUCCAGAGCAGGUUGGCAUGACAAAGACUGACGCUGCUGUUCAGACGCUGGCAGACAUAAAUCCUGAUGUUGUGCUUGAGAGUUAUACAAUGAAUAUCACAACAGUUCAAGGGUUUGAGACCUUCAUGUCAAGUUUGAAGAGUAAAACUUUUCAUCCAACUAAAGAAGGUAGUGGAGUAGAUCUGGUUUUAAGCUGCGUGGAUAAUUAUGAAGCUAGAAUGGCUGUUAACCAGGCUUGUAAUGAGUUGAAUCAAACAUGGAUGGAGUCUGGUGUAUCUGAAGAUGCUGUUUCUGGUCAUAUACAAUUGCUGAUUCCUGGAGAAACUGCUUGUUUUGCAUGUGCACCUCCUUUGGUUGUAGCAUCUGGUGUGGACGAGCGGACACUCAAGCGUGAGGGGGUCUGUGCCGCGUCUUUGCCUACCACGAUGGGAGUUGUUGCUGGGCUCUUAGUUCAAAAUACACUGAAGCUCUUGUUACAAUUUGGACAUGUAUCACCAUACCUGGGAUACAAUUCUCUUAAAGAUUAUUUCCCAACCAUGGAAAUGAGGCCGAAUCCUCAAUGUUCAAAUGCAGCUUGUUUGGAGCGUCAGAAAGAGUAUAUCCUUGCAAAGCCAGCUAGGGAUGCUGCAGCUAAAACCAAAAUGGAGGCAGAAGCAUUAUUAGAUAUAGAACUCCCUCUUCAUGCUGAUAAUGAGUGGAGCAUAAGUGUUGUUGAUGAUAGUGAGCUGGAAAGGUCAGGUGCCUCUGGUUCAGGUCCUGCAGAUACUCUUCCUGAAGGUCUUACUCGCGAGCUCCCAAGUGCAGACGAGUUUCAAAAAUUGCCAGCUGCUGAUACAACUACAACUGCUAUUGAUGACCUUGAAGAACUCAGGAAGCAACUUGAUGCCCUUAAUACCUGAUUAUGGACUAGAUUUCAGCAUUAGCUUUUUGGGAAAGAAGAUUAUUUUGUAGGCUGCGUUUUUUAUAACUGUGCCUUCUGAGUUCUGAGAAUGAAUAAAUUACAGAUGGAAUUAUCUUUUUGAUGCUUUGAGACGGUGGAAUUUCACGCAUACAAUUGUUGUUUAGACUUUUUUUUUUCUUUUUAAUAUUAUAAACCAUCAUUUUCCUU